CAUUAAUAAUACCAUCAAGCACACAACCCCAACAAUCUAAAUCAAUCACAGAACGCAAGCAUCCACAAACAAGGGAAGGAGAGAGAGAUCAGAGAGAGACAGAGAGAAAAUGUACGUAACAAGACCUCGAUCUUUAUACAAAAGGGAUCCUGAAGCUCUUUUGCAUCAACCAGAGGGACCAAAUUCAAGCUACCUAGUCCUUCAAGACGGAGAAGCUAAGAAUUAUGGAUGUUUUGGUUUAUGCAAGAAAGGCAUCGGACACCUGCCAUUUCCACAGAACAGAAACUUAGGUGUUGUUUAUAUACGGAGUGAUGGAGAAGACAUCGACAUGGAUCGCGAUCCAGUUAUGUUACAUUCCUCUUCUUAAUCAGCCUUUGUCUUCUAAUCGCUACUAGGUCAUUCGAAGGGAAGGGAAGCGUCAAGGCGAAGCAAGCACGUCUUCAAAGGAAGACGACGUGGGAACAUGUUUGUGUUGCACUUGCAUCAACGACGUCAAAUCAAGACCUCUAAAUCCGUCGGAUGAAUAUCAACAAUUUGAGAUAUGUGAAAAAGAGGGGGGGAUUUCAAGCCAAGUCUAUUGUCUCAGAUGGGUUUGCUCCAAGGGGGAGAAAAGGUUGGAAUCUGUCCACCAAGACACCACGCCAUUACCAAUUGGGUGAAGUUCUCGGCAUCAACCCCACCUUGAGAGCCCAAUUGCCACCGGAUCACUCCAAGCCAGUGGUCGUUGGAAAAUGGUACAGCCUUUCAUAUUCGUGAAGGAAGAAGGAGUGAGUCUAAAGGAACAAAUGAAGAGGUCAGUGUUCUAUGAAAUGACACUUGAAAGGAGGUGGGACAGAGUUUUCUCUGAGGAAAACAGUGGGAAUAGUAAUGAAGUGCUUGUGGAUGUUGUGGUGAAAACUGAAGUUGCAGGGCGGGGAGAUGGUGGAGAAGCUGUUUGGGAGGAAGAAAAAGUUGGAGAAGAGGGUGUGAUGUGGUUUAGGAGUCUGGAGAGAGGAGAGAGAAAGCUAGGGCCGAGCAUGGCCAUCAUAGAGAGAAUGAGAUGGGAGGAAGAGAGAGCUGAUUGGGAGGGAAAGAAUAAUGAGAGGAAACAAGUGAGAUUUGGAAGAGUGGAAAAGUUUGAGGGAAUGUGGAGGAAUUUUGGAUUCUAUGUGUUGGUGGAAAGCUUUGUGUUGAAGAGAAUGGAUGGAAGCAUUGUGUUAACUUGUGAUUUUAGACACUCAAAUCAUGUCAAGUGCACUUGGGAGUAAACUAGUAGUAAUUAUCAUUAUAAUUAUAAUAUUAUAUGUAUUUGAUUUCUAAAGUGUUUGUUGAUUAGUUUGGUUUGAUUAUUUAUUUUAA